UCUACUGAUUAUUUUACAGUGGCUAAUGAUCCAGAGGUCUUGCACAUUACGGUGGAUACAAGACCAAGAUAGACAAGAUGGCAUCUGUUCCAGAGCAACUUCUGGAAGCAGUGGAUGAGUUGCAUAAAAACAAACCAAAGAGAAUAAAAAGUGCAGUCACGGCUGAUGAAGUGGAGAAGGCAGAUGGAGAGGAUGGGUCAAUACAGACGAUCUGCCCCUCUCACACUUCAGUCAGUGUUGAUUUAAAUGCUAAAGCAGGUGCAACUGUAAACUUUCCUGUACUCACUGGAAAUGUCAUUCAAGGCCCAGUAAUCAUCAGUUUCAACUCAACCACUGGUGCUUUCGGGCCCCAAAAUCCACCUGAAGGACAGAUGUUACAGAACCAAGAGGAUGACAUCUUGCAAAAAAUCCUGGAAAGCCACAAAGAACACAUAAAGGCCAAAAUGGGAUGUGUGUUUGAGGGCAAAAAGGAGAACAAAACACACUUCAGCAAAGUUUACACUGAACUCUUCAUCACUGAAGGGGACAUCACAGAAGUCUAUGAUGAACAUGAGGUUCUGAAGUUUGACCGAGCCUUGAAAGCUCCCAAAUUUGAGGACACACCGAUCGACUGCAACAACAUAUUCAGAUUACUGAAGCAAAAAGAGGAGGGAAACAUUGUGUUAACCAAAGGCAUCGCUGGCAUUGGAAAGACAUUCUCCGUGCACAAGUUCAUUCUGGAUUGGGCCGAAGGAAAAGCCAAUCAGGAUGUGGAUUGUGUGUUUCUGCUACCAUUCAGAGAGAUUAACUUGAUUAAAGAUGAUAAAGAGAUCAGUCUCCACAAACUUCUGUUGGAAUUUUAUCCUGAUUUGAAUGACGUGAAAAACACCACCAACUUUUAUAAAAAAUGUAAACUGCCUAGUUAUAGGCAAGCUGCUUCCGUCGGCUCUCGUCUGGGUGACAUCACGACCAGCAGCGGCCAAUCUGAUCCCUCCUGA